AAAUCUCUUUCCAUCUCCGUCUACAACAAAGGACGAACUCGACGGAGCGAAAGCGAACGGGAAAGUAACUGUUUCGAGAGACGAGCGAGAGAGAAAAUGGCGGCGGUUGAGGAUUCUUCAGUAUCAGCGAUUAUGGCGGAAGAGAAUCUUGAUCCGAACACGACGAGCCCUAGCCGUGUAGAGAAGCAUUUCCCGGCGAUUAGGGCUAUCUGCGGCGGCGAAGAAGGUCCGUCGAAGGGGAAAAAGAUCAUGCGCGGUGGAAAUGACAAUGUGACGAAGAAAUCAACCACCGUAAUCCAACAUUCGCACUCCUUCCAGAAUUCUUGGACGUUUUGGUUCGAUAAUCCUUCCUCGAAGCUGAAUCAAGCCACAUGGGGAAGCUCUUUGAGAUCCUUGUACACAUUCGCUACUAUCGAGGAGUUCUGGAGUCUUUACAAUAACAUUCAUCCUCCAACCAAAUGGGUUCAAGGGGCGGAUCUCUACUGCUUCAAACGUAGAAUUGAACCGAAAUGGGAGGAUCCCAUUUGUGCUAAUGGAGGAAAGUGGACUAUGAUGUUUCCUAAGGCUAAACUGGAACCCAACUGGCUUAACACGUUACUUGCGUUGGUUGGUGAGCAAUUUGAGAAAGGAGAUGAGAUUUGCGGGGCAGUUUUGAAUUUCAGAACGAGAGGGGACAAGAUCUCUCUGUGGACAAAGAACGCUGCAAAUGAGAAGGCUCAGCUAAGCAUUGGGAAACAGUGGAAGGAACUUAUUGGUUACAAUGAGACAAUCGGAUUCAUAUUUCAUGAGGAUGCAAAGACUCUUGAUCGUAAUGCUAAACCUCGCUAUACUCUA